ACCAUUUGUUUGGGUUUUGCGCAACUGCCAUUGGAUACUAUUGGCCUAGCAAUGUGGCGCUGUGCAAAUCCUCUGUUCUCUCUCAUCUAUCUAAGUUUAGCUUGCCACUUUUGACUGUGGCUUCUUCACCUGUUUCGUUAGAAGGUCAGCAACUUGAAGAAGAAGAAGAAGAGUGUCAGAUGGGAAGAAUAUUCGUGUUAGAGCUAGAGGGAAGGUCUUACAGAUGCAAGUUCUGCAAGACCCACUUGGCCCUCUUCUCCGAUUGUGUCUCCAGGGCUUUUCAUUGUCGCCGGGGAAAAGCGUACCUCUUCAACAAUGCGGUAAAUAUAACUAUGGGAGCAUUAGAGGAGAGGGUGAUGCUCUCAGGUGUGCACACUGUUGCGGAUAUAUUUUGCUGCUUUUGUGGACAAAUUGUGGGCUGGAAAUAUGAGACUGCACAUGAUGUGGCCCAGAAAUAUAAAGAGGGAAAGUUUGUCCUUGAAAGAGGGAGGAUCAUCGAGGACGUAGAUUUUUCCACAGAGUUCGAUAUUGAUUCUGAAGAUGCUUAGGAUCUUAAUUUUAUCUCUUGAAUAGUUGUACUAGACAAUGCAGAACAGUGGCACUGUUCUUAGGAUUUGAAUAAUGCAGAUGUGAAACUUACAAGUUUGUUGAUUUGCAUGUAACUUGUUGAAUCGAUAAGGCAAGUAAGAAGGCAAAAAAUGAUCCUACUUCUUGGUGUAUGUUACCAGGGCAUAGAUGAUUUCAUGCUACAACAUUGCACUUGUACUGUAGCAUCAGCAUGGCUUUUAAAGUUAUAUGGAAAUAUUUUGCAGUUGA